AUGCAAAUGGUUGUUCGCAACAAUGUCGGUCGUACUUCAAUUCGGCCAUAUCGUUCUCCUAUAACCCGGCUUUAUCUAGACCGUGAGUUGUACAAAGUUCGACUCAGUCUCCUUCCUAAUCAGCCUUAUCCUCAAAAUGCACUGGAAGCCUACGAAAGUAUUCGAUCAUUCGUAGAGAAUGCCGCUGAUGGAUGCUGGUCCAUUCAAACAGACCCUCCAAGAAUCAGCUUCAGAACCCAAACUCUCCUCUCCGAGCGGAUUACUCUCCGGAAUAACUCAUCUUCAGUUGGUCGUAUAGCAUACUCCAUCAUUUGCAAAGCAGCUAGGAUAGCCCUAUUGGAGGAUAUACGUCAGCGAAAAACAAUAACUGUGCAAAAAGCAAUUGAAAGAGGCAGAAGUACGAUUGAAGCGCAGAGAAAAGGGGUUCUUAGGAAGAGAAGAUUGUUGAUAAAGGACUCAACAACCGGAGACAUUCCCUCUUCUUUCGAACCUUGCCCACCCUUCUGCAUUGACGAAUCGGAACAUGCUCUUUCCCUACUACGCAUUGGAAGAUCUCCUGGCCCAGAUCGAAUUUCUGCGGAGCAGUUAGCUCUCGCAAAAUCCACAAUUGCCCCUUUGCUCACAGAACUUUUGAACGGUAUUAAACAAGGCGACCCUAUCCCAGAAGAUUUAACGACUGCUCACGUGAAAUUGUUGUUCAAAAAGGGAGAUCCUAAUAACGUAAGCAACUACCGACCAAUUUCGCUGAUAUCGGGAGUACUCAAAGCAGUAACAAGAGCCAUCUUGAAUCGCAUAGACAAAAAACUAGAAGAGUCAGAGAGCCCAAUUAGGGUCACCAUACAAAGAGGCAUUAAACAAGGAGACACACUGAGCCCGAAACUCUUUAACCCCACCUUACAAAUGGUACUCGACUUCAUUGACUGGGGAGAAUGCGGACUAAGUAUUGGAGGAAGAUUGCUUUCCAGUCUUGACUAUGCAGACGACGUUACACUGCUAGCUUCCUCUCGUGUCAUGCUCAAGAAAAUGCUACAACUCCUUUCCAAUGCAUCUACUAAGGUUGGACUCCACAUUGACCCAGAAAAGUCAAAACUGCUGACAAGUAGUAAAACGUCGAGGCAUCCUAUAUGUAUCGAUGGAAGAGUAUUCGCCUUCGUUGAUCACGCCCUUUAUCUUGGUUGUUGCUUCUCUUUCCCACCAAGCUCAGCAGAUGAAAUAGCACAUCGAAUUCGAUGCGGUUGGAAUGCCUUCAGAAGACUUCAAUAUAUCCUUUGCAACAGAAAGGUUCCCCUCCCAUUGACAGCAAGCAUUCGACUCCUGUAUAACCCCGACCGUACUCUAUACUCAAAGAAAGAUGGAAAGGAGGAUGCUCGGAUUACGUUGCUGGACCGAUGGAGCUGUGAAAGGAUAAGAGCACUCACGAAAGUCAGAGACUGGAUAAACGAGGCUCCAAGAAGAAAACUCACGUGGGCUAGAAAGAUAAGUGAAAUGGACGAAAACGUAUGGGCUCGAGUGAUCACGACAUGGAUUCCAUAUGACUACGUGGACCGAAGAAGGAGAGGACAUUCGAUGGCGCGAUGA